GUUUAUGAGUUUUAAAAAUUUGUUGCACGUACUUCAGUUUAAAUCUCAUCAAAUGCACAGGACCUAGACUAAAAUAAUUGUGUUCUGCCCAAUCUGUACCUUACAUGCUUUCUCUGCCCCAGCCUAUAUGCAUGCAUCUAUAUAUAUACACGCUUGGAGUAAUAUAUAUCACUACACAACCUUAACACAACAAGAAACUAUAUUCUCACUGUGUGUUUGUUUGUAAAAAAUUGUGAAGCUAAGCUCAGCUGCAUUAAUGGAGAUCAUGAAUGGACAACAUGAUGCAAUUGUGUUCUUUGACGUGGAGACGACGUACCCAGAUCCGGUUCGGAUCCUAUAUGAAUUCGGAUCCAUAUAUGUAUGUCCAAGGAGGUUGAUUGAGCUUAAUAAUACUAGUUAUAAGACCCUGAUCCGACCCGAUGACUUGGAUAUAUUAACGGAUCGUUCUUGGAAAAAUCUUUCAAAGAAACGCAUUACAAGAGAAGACUUAGUUUCUGCCCCUCACUUCUUUAAAGUUGCUGACACUAUCUACCAUAUCCUCCAUGGGCGAAUAUGGGCUGGACAUAAUAUUGAGGAAUUUGAUUGUGCUCGAAUUAAAGAGGCAUUUGAUGGAAUUAAUAAGCCAGCACCAGAAUAUAGGCACUUGAUUGAUUCGCGACAUCUGUUAACAAACUGGUUUGGAAAGAGAGCUGGUAACAUGACGCAGUUGGAUAGUCUUGCGGCGUAUUUUGGAUUUGAAGAGCAAGUGCAUAGGAGUUUAGAUGACGUCCGGAUGAAUCUUAAAGUUGUGAAGCACUGUGGAGCAGUUUUAUUCUUGGAGUCUAUGUUUCCCAAAAUACUUCCUCAAACUUCAUGGAUUUCACCCGACGAAGUUUCUAUACCUUCUAUGUACGCGAUCCCCGCCUCAUUUUAUGAUGGAAACUCGAAAAUACGAGUUAUGCACCACGACAUUGAUUUGAAAUUGCAUUGUAGUCGCCUCAACGUGCAGUCUGAAAUCAGCAAGUUCGAUGAUGCUAGUAGUCGACUCACUUUUGAGGUGGACGCCUCUUCGCUUUUAUGUGAAAUUCUGAACGAAUGUGAUGUUCAUGCAGAGCAGAGGUACAAGCAUUGUGGUGGUAACUCGAAAUGGUUUCCUAUUGUUCGCAAAAAUCAAGUUCGAUUGCGCUUGAAGGGUAGAGGGGGAACACAGAUUGAAAGACAUCAAAAUGGAUCUUUCACCAACCAAAGAGUUGAGUACAAUAACUUUGACUUUGCAGAAUUAGAUAGAUUGAUCAGUCCCGGGAACUUUGUGGAUGCAUAUUUCUCGUUGGACACCUAUGAUUAUACGAAGAAAGCAGGAAUCGUCUUAGUGGCCGAUAAGUUGAUUAUGCAUCAAGUACUUCCUAACGUAUUAUUCUUAGCUUAAACGGAAAAGUAUGGUAAGUUAAAAUCCAUAUAGGCAACCUCAAUUUGUUUGGUAUUGAGGUGUUGUUGCUGUUAUUAUUGUUCCCUACCGUAUUCUUAUGAGCUUAAACGGGAAAAUAUGAUCAACAAGGAUUUUCAUAGGCGACCUCAAUUUGUUUGGAAUUGAGGCGUAGUUAUUGUUGUUGUUUCGUAAUAUAUUAAUCUGGCUUAAAUAGUAUCUAUUAUAAAAUUGAUGUGAUGUCCCGUAGAAAGUGAACCUUGCUAUGUUUAUAAAUGUACCAAGUAUUAACAAACGGAUUGGAUGAGUUUGGUUUUA